CCUAUGUUAAUUAUUAUGAGAGUCGAAGCCACAAGAGUUUCAGUUUGCCUACCUCCACUUCUUCUUUUUCUGGGAAGCUGUAGUUUCCACUCCUGAGACGAGGAAGAAGCAAAAACCCAAGUGCAAAGGAGAAAAUCGGGACACAGGAAGGCGUCUCAAGCCAGCUGCAGGAGUCCCCAGCCCGGGGUUUGGCAGAGAAAGCAGAGAGGCAAGGCCCUGCGAUGAAUCUGCUCCGCUUCACUCUCUGAAGGCACUCUCCCUCAGCUUCCUUUUUGUUAAAUUAGGAAGUCAGCUCAGAGUGAGAAGGAAGCCGAUAAGAAAAAACACCCAGAGAGAACGUGAACAAGAAGGUGGUGGCCAGCGUUACACACAUCUGGAUUCCAGCAGCGGCCUGGAGUUUUCUGGAGAGAGCACCCAGCGAGGCAGGAGCAUGUGGUUGUGUACAGGUCUGCUCCUUCUCUGCUUCCAAGGUUGUUUAUCUCUGACGGGCCCUGGCUCUGUGUCUGGCUAUGCAGGAAGCUCUCUCCAUGUCCAGUGUCGAUAUACACCAUCAUAUAAGGGCUAUAAAAAAUACUGGUGCCGAGGACCGCAUGACACAACGUGUAAAACUAUUGUAGAAACUGACGGAAGUGAGAAAGAAAAGAAGAGUGGCCGAGUGUCCAUCAGAGAUUAUGCUGAGAACUCCACCAUCACAGUGAUCAUGGAGAACCUUAGCGAAGAUGACGCUGGGUCUUACUGGUGCAAGAUUCAGACUUCCUUUAUCUGGGAUUCGUGGUCUCGUGACCCAUCAGUCCGUGUAAAGGUGCAUGUUUUCCCAGCCACAACCCCCAUGGAGACUACACUCCCAGCCACUACUGCUAUCCUCCCACUGGCGAAUUCUGGAAAGAACCUGAGGAUUAGUACUAAUGCGAUGUUCAUCUUCCAACUGUGGUCCCUGAUGAGCAGCAUCCACUUCCAGGUCCUGGUCUUCCUGAAGCUGCCUCUGUUUCUGAGCAUGCUCUGUGCUAUCUUCUGGGUGAACAGGCUCUGGGGGAUCCCUGGGGGACCCGCCCAAGAGCUAUGAAGUGAAGCAUCCUAGGAGCUCUGGGAGGGACUCAGCUCUGCAGACUUUGUGAGAGACACAUUGGAUUCUGGAUCGACUCUGCUCAGAGGCAGCGGUGCCUGGACUCUGUUCUUCAUUGUUAUGUGUUUCGAAGGGGGGGCUGAUGAUCGGAGUCUUGGAUAUCAGACUCCUGUGGUGUCUUCCAGGUAAAUGAGGGAGCAAGGCUGGGAGUAAUGGCACAUGCCGUUAAUCCCAGCACUGGGGCAGCAGAGCCAAGUGAAUUUCUGUGAGUUAAAGGCCAGCCUGGUCUAUGUAGUGAGUUCCUGGACAUCCAGGGCUAAAUAAUAGACUCUGUCUCAAACACCACCCCCUGCCCCCAAAGAGGAAACAAGACUCCCCUGUGCCCUGUGUUAUUCUGCCUUUCCCUUCUCCAAACGUCCUGGAUUCUGCUCUCAUGUCAGCUCCAACGGGUAAGAACCUUCUCCAAGUUUCUUGAACAGAAGUCUAUCCCCUUGGUCUUCUUGAUGCCAUAAAAUCAUCCCAGGCCAUUGUCUCCGAUGUCAAUGAUCACCUCCUUACUACAGAGAAGAGGUUCCCGAGGAACAUGUCCCUCACAGACUUGGCUCACAGGCCAUGCCCCCUCUUCUAGAACAAUCCUAAAGGAUUUGGCUUCUGGUAGAGCAUUUCUACUGCUAACUCUCCCAAGCACACAGCAUUCGUUGACCUCAUCUGAUCCUGUUAGCUCACUAUGAUCUCAGAGCCUCCUUAUGUCCCCACAACCUGAAGGCAUGUCAAGAGUUCAACACAUGCUUGGCUGGAAUGAAAGUAGCCAAUCAGCUUGGAAGUGAAGUUCAGUGGUUAUCCAGGGCGGCAGUGGAGGACAGUGCCCCUGCAUUUCCUAACCUGGGAGGAGGUCUUCUGUGCACAGUGUUAACUGAGGGUCUAUCUUUUCUCACUUAAGAAACCGACUGAGAUCACCUUGGGGAAAAGACAGAUAUUCAAAGACAAGUAGGGUGCUAGUGUUGAGGAGAUGCCAGGUCUGGGCAUCUGCUGGGCAACCUCAGCUCUGAGAAAGGUUGAUUGCCAAUUUCUUCAUUGCUGUUCUUUGUAGGGAGGACUCAGAGGGUUAGCCACCACUGCCACCAUCUCCAUUCAUUCCAGGUAUCCAGGCUAGACCUCCUUCUCCACCCUUAGGCUUGAGCCUGCCUUGAGCUAGUGAUGCCCAUUUCCUGAGAGAGGACAUGUUUAUAGAAGCAGCAUAACUGGAUGUACAGACUCAUGGAAUACAGCUCUAUCCAAAGACAGAGCACACCGUGGAUGUCGUUUCUUAGGGUGAGGCUGCCAGUCCAGCAUCGUGAGUUUUUCUUCUAGCAGUUCAGAUGGAGUGUGUGGACUCAGCAUCAACUCUUGCUUACAUUUUCCUUUUGGACACUGGAUAGAUUUGAGCGCACCAAGAUCCUGGAUGUAAGCCAGGAGAUGUUUACCUAACCAGUGACACAUCAUGUUCAACAGAGUCGGGGAGUAGUGGGUCUAAAUCUGUAAUGAGGCGUUGCUGACGGUUGUGGGAAAGAGAGGGGCAGGCUUGGAUGAUGCAUAGCCUGUGUGGUUGCAUUAUCAAACAGAAGGGUCAACUAGGAGCCUAGAGGUGUGAGCUCGCGGAAUGUCCAGGGCUGGAGAGAAAGGCACAGGGAGAGAUUAACUGGUUCCUAGAGGUAGGUAAAAUUACCAGGUGACUGUUCAGGACCAAGGACAGAGCUCCAAAGGUGCGGUAAGAGUGCUAAGGUAAGAGUUCAGGACCAAGGACAGAGACCGCAGCGGCUCUUAGACCACCAACAGUGCUGGUUUCAGCUGCAUAGCAGCCAUCACCCUGUUCCCAGUGGUUUUUAACACGCAUUCGUUUACAUGUGUGUUUAACUAUGCAGCUUCGUCCUACUCAUGCAUCCACGUAACGACCAUCACAGUCAAAACAGAGGAUUUCUCCACCAUCACAAGUCCUCCUUCAUGCGGGUCUGUCUCAUUACUGCCCGCUAGAGACCACCGAUCUCUGUCCGACUCUGGCUCUGUCACUUUGAGAAUGUUCUAGAAAGGGAAGCAUUUCAGUGGCAAAUCUUUUCCUCUCCUGCUAAGUACAAGGUCUCUGGGAUCCACACAAGCAGAUAUUCUUGGAAAUCAUCCAUUCCUCUUUAUUACUGAGCAUUAUUCCAUUGUAUAAAUUCAUUAUAGUUUGUUUAACUCCUUAAUCAUUAAAGUUUUGGGGGUCAUUUCCAUUACAAAUAAAACUGUUAUCUGCA